AUGAGACAAGGGCUUGGUCCUAUUGAAGUUACAUUUGAGAAUUUUCCCUACUACCUUAGCGAGAAUACGAAGGAUGUGCUCUUAUCAUGUUCAUUCCUACAUUUGGAAAAGAAGGGAUUCAUUGAGCAGUUCUCGGAAGUUUCUUCAAUAAACCAGCGAAUUUAUCAUCUCGUCCAUCAAGAUUGCAACCGGAGGAGCCGGAGAACACGACCCCUGUCCUAUGUGCGGCCAUAUCCCCCAUGGCUUCUACAAGGACCAUAUCCCCCACGGUUUUUUAGGGAACUCUUUUGA